AUGGUCCGUCUCGGUGCGAAGUGUCUGCUCGGCCUCGUAGGCCUAGCACAAAUCACUGGUGCAUUGCCUGGUCGACCGCGAGAGCUGGUUGUGCUCAAUACGCCACAAGCACCUGCUCAUCACCCUGGUCAUCCUCCUGGUGAAGGAAACUUGAAACUGCGUAAGGAUGAGCCGAAGGGUGAUCAACCAGAAGACGAUCCGCAUGCCAACCCUCCACCUCCCCCUCCUUCUGCUGCAGCGGCAAAGCCACAGUCGACCACUUCCAAAGCCGCUGCUGGACCUCCACCGCCCGAUCCGAAAGACGAUCCGAAAGACGAUCCGAAAGGCAAUCCGAAGGGCAGUCCUCCACCUCCGCCACCUCCUGCCACAACAGAACGCCCACCAUCGGCUUCAUCCAAGCCUGGAGUAGGCCCAGCACCGUCCGAUCCAAAGGGUAACCCGCCGCUACCACCCUCACCAGCCUCAACCAUACAUUCAUCAAGCAGUACUGUAAAGCCUAGCGGACCGGCUGGCGCUCCUCCACCUCCUCCGCCCCCUCCUCCAGGCCCGUCCUCUGAAAAGACAACCUCGUCUCCUAGCAGUGCGCCAUCUAGCCACGGAUCGACGACUAGUCAUGCGUCCACAUCUUCGUCCCUGCCGGCUUUGACGUCAAAGUCAACUUCGACAACACUUCAUUCAUCAUCACUGUCCGUUCCGCCAAUCGUCUUCCCACCAAUCUCUAUCUCUACCACAACUUCGAGCGCUGUUACGGCCCCAUCUCCAGCUAAAGCAGGCACGUGCUCUGCUGGCGGUGUCACCUACACUACUGGUCAACGUGUCACGGACGGAGCUGGUAACACUUAUAUCAUCCAUUGCAGCACGGACAACACUGCGCUAGGCACGACAAUUGUUGGGGUCGGCUCCGGUGGCUUCGGUGCCUGCUUUGCAGAGUGUGAUAACUCUGCAAGCUGCGUAGGCUGGACCUACUCGGGCGCCGACAGUGGCAACUGCUACCUCAAGACCUUCCUAGGCACUUAUUUCCCGUCCUCAAACACAAUCGUGACCGCUUUCCGUGAUAACGCCCCGAACUCUCCUCCAUCUAUCAGCGUACCGCUUUCAGCAACGUCUACUGGUAAUCUUGUGCCAUCGGUUUCUCCUCUUCCUCCAGCCAGGGGUACCUGCGCUCAGCUUGGUACCUCUAAUGCUACGUUUUCGGAUAACAUCGGCCGAGUGUGGUCUCUACAGUGUGGACACGAUUACACCGAUCACGAUAUCAGCGCACAAGCUGUCACCAAUUACCAAGAAUGUUUCGUUGCUUGCGAUGCUAAAGCUGGCUGUACGGCCUUUUCGUACGUGGGAGACAGCGUGUAUGGCACGUGCUACUUGAAGAGCGCCGGUGCUGGAGAAGUUGUGAACAGCAACGUGGAUUCCGCUAUCUGCAUCUCUGGAUGUGAUGUUGCCGCAUCGCCAGCUUCUUCCGCUUCGGCUACAGGCUCUGCUAGCAACGCAAAUUCCACCUCUUCGCCCUCCGACUCUGGUAUCACUGCCUGCACAGCUAUUGCGCCAGGUGGUCAAGGUUACUAUACCGACUCCACAGGGUGCACUUACGAAAUGACUUGCCGACUGGACUAUCCUGGCAAUGACAUAGAAGUGCUACCUCGGGCUAUUGCUAUCUAA